GUUGGCUCUUCUUGGGUCAUCGACGAGCUGGCGUCAGACACUGCGGUACGUGCCUCUGCACAGGUCACGCUGACCAACCACGUGCCAAUCUAUUUGGAGAUUCAGUACAAACAUUCGGCCGGGACGGCCUACAUCCGACUGUAUUGGGCGGCGACGGACUUCGAAGAUGAGCUCGUCCCGAGCAACAACUUGCUCCAUCCGCUCAACGUCCUGGCCCUCGAUACCACGACCGUUGUUGUGCCGCAAGAAGCCGCCGAGACCUCCGUGGCGUCGGGCGAUGCCUUGGCCACGGUGAUCUCCGGCCAGGACAACAGCUUCAUCAUCCACACACGGGACGCCGAAGACAACCCGCGCUCCACGGACACGACCUCGGUGUUCACCGGCUACAUGAACUCCAACCCCACGGUGCAGUUGUCCUUCACAUACCUUGGAGGCGGCAAUUACACGGCGACUAUCAAUCCAAUCGCCGCUGGGGACUUCCCAAUGCAUGUCUUGGUCAACGGCGCGGGUCCCAGGACUUGCCGCUUACCUGUGCUGUGCUGGCGGCUGGAAGAUGUGACACAUAUGUGGCGCUCUCGUGCGUUCUCCGCGAACUUGGCUUCAGGACGCGCCAUGGCCCGCGCUUACUUCUUGGCCGUCUUCGCGCCCGAGGGCUGGCCGAGCUCCGUCGCGCCCGAGUAUGGCCGCUACCAGCUCUGGGACACGAUCCAGCAGGUGACGUUCUUCGUCAACACGGUGAUCAGCAAGCAGGCCGUGAUGAAGUUCCACGGCGUGGGUGACCCGACCAAGACGCCUGCGGAGGCGACGGCGCUCUCCAUGGGAAGGGACCUCCUGGCAACGGUGAUCGGCAUGGGCGUGGCAACGCCAAGCUUCACGGACCGCUACCGAGCGGCCCCCCGGGCCUUUCGCAUGUCUGCGGAGGUGGUGAAUGCCGUUGGACACUUCGUGGAGAUUUUGGCGGCCAUCUUCUCGCGCAUAGUCGCCUUCCUUUACCUGGGACCCGCCCUGUGCCUGGUUGCGGGCACAAUGUCGGGUGCCGUGCGGUCGGUGAUCUUGCAGCAUUUCGCCAAGGGCGGUACGCUGCCUCCAGGCAAGGACCCGGAUUUCGGCGACAUCUCGCUCAAGGAGAGCAACCAGGACCGGGGUGGGAAGAUCUUCGGCCUUUUCAUCGGCAUGGGCCUUUUGCUGGGAGCGAUCGGCAUCGGCACCAGCGACGAGGCGGAAGAAAAGUCCCUUGAAGCCAGCUUGAUGUGGUUCGGAGUCUUGUCCAUCGUCCAUCUGCUUGGAAAUGUCCAGGCAGUGAGACAGCUAGACAUCAAGGCCUUGCCCCAUGUGGAGGCGGUGGAGGUCGAGAAGCCAAAAAGCUUCAUGCAGCAGAUGUUCUUGCCGAAGGGAUAUCCCAACACCGUCGUGGAGUCUUAUGGCCGGUUUCGGACCUAUGGGCUUCUGCAGGUCCUCAUCAACUACCCCAAGCAGAUCGUCGUCAACAUGCUGUUCUGGGGUCGCGUCUAUGGCGUGGGAAACGCCCAGAGCUCGCCCGUGACGGCCGUGCUGAUUGACAUCUUCAUGACCACUGUUGACUGCGUCAUGGGCUUGCUCAUGGGGCUUCCGGCUGUGACGCAGAGCUUGGACUACAGCAAGAAGAAAUGGUACAUCUACUCCGGGAUCUUGGGCCGGCUUUCGGAGCUCGUCCAGCUGACCGCGGCUCUGGCGCCCCCCAACUGGUUCUUCCCCAUCAUCGUCGUGGCACGCUGCUUGGCAGCUUUCUCUGGCACCAGUGGCAGCCGAGUCGGGGGCGCCAUCCCACCGGCCAUGAUGAGGAAGGAGUGCGCGGAUCGCAAGGAGAUCGAGCUGAUCCACGUGAACGUGGCCAACGGAAACCAGGACAAGCUCGUGUCCAUCCCCUCCGGGACUCUCUCCAUCGCCUUCCUCUACUACUUGGUUUUCUCCGGCUGGUACCCGAGCCUCCACUGGCAGCUUCUGGCCUACGGAUGUUUGCAGGUCCUGAGCUUCUGCAGCCUCUUCGGCUGCUUCCGGAACCUCCCGACGCUGCCAGGCGAGGCCCUGAAGGAGCCCUUCCUGGGCCGACGAAGCUCGGAAGUCGCCUGGGAGGAGCAGAACGACAUGGAUUCCGAGGUCCUCAACUCAUACAGCGGCCCUGCUUCUAACCCCCCGGGGCUUGUGCGCUCGCUCAGCAUUGACAUUGUGGGCUCCCCCUUCACCACACGCGUGGAGCCGGGUCCCACCAGUGCUGUUCACAGCCUGAUCACCGGCACCGGCCUGCAGUAUGCAGAGGCUGGCGUGGAGGGCGUCUUCUAUGUCACCCUGCGCGAUGCGCAGCUCAACAACAGGGGCACUUCGAUUGGAGAGCCUGUGACGCUCGAUGACAGCCGCAUGAACUGCGCAGAUCAGGGGCUCGGUGUGUACAAGUGCUCGUAUCUGAUCACGCAGGCUCAAACCUUCAACGUCGUCUUGCGCGUGAAUGGGCAGCCGGUGAAUCCGGUGGCUCCGCACACCUUUCCGCUUGUGAUCAACCCCAAGCCGAUCGAUUCGACCAAUGGGGUCAGCUACGUGUACGCCUUCACCACUUUCUUCCCGGAAAUUCGCAAGAGCACCGACAACAUGGUGAUCUUCCAAGUCCGGGAUGAGUUUGGGAACGACGUGCCGGAUCAGGGAAACAACUUCAUGAUCUGCGAAGCUGAUGGCCCUGAGCAGCGGACACCGCCUUUCCGCCCUCCCUUGGACAUUGUGAGGCAUGGGGCGGGGCUCUUCCGUGUGAAUCUGCGGCUGGACACCACGGGCUUGCACAAGGUGAACUGCUAUGCCCUAAACAAGGGCGGCAUCAACGCCCGGUACUUCAACAACCGCUGGGUGGAGGGCGUUCCUGCCAUCUCGCAAGUGGAUACGGCCAUCGACUUCAACUGGGGUGAAGGCCUGGUCACUGCAGAGUCUUCGGACUACGCCUCGGCACAGUUUGACGGAUACUUGCAGGUGGUCACGCCCGCCAACUACACCUUCUACGUGACCGCCGACGACGGGGCCAAGCUGUGGCUGGAUGAUGAGCUGAUCCUGAGCCAGGACGAAGCCGGACAGUUCCAGACGAGGCCCAUCCUUCUCACCGGCGACCGGCUCUACCACGUCCAGGUCAUGUACUACGAGCGCACGGGCUUCGCCCGGAUGCGGCUGGAGUGGUCCUCCGACCAGGGCCUGGUCCGGGAGGUGAUCGGCCGGGACUCCUGGUUCCACUCCCGCUCGAAACUCGGGCUCUUCCCACAGACCGUCCUGGUCUACGACAAGCCAGGACCCGUCGAAGCUUUCUACCACCACGACUACCAGUAUGACGUGAACCACCUGUCCUGGGUGCCGCCGCAGGACAGCAGCGCCAAGCCCAUCCUGGGGUACCGGAUCUUCAGGGAUAACGGCCUGGGUGGGGCGAUCGACAACCAGCUGGUGAUCACCGACGAAAACACCUUCUCCUAUUCUGACACUGGACUCGUUACAGGCUUUGUCUACUACUACAGGAUCAUGGCCACCAACGGCGACGACGGUGAGCCGGUGACCAUCUCCGCGCAGCCCUCCGUGCCGCCCAUCAAGCCCGACCCCGCGUUGCUGAUCACCACGGCCUCGGGAAGCAUGACCUUCCGCUUCACGCCGCUGACGGGAGCCGCCUCUGGGUGGUCUCCAACCAUCCGCUACACGCUCUACCGCAACGAUGGGCUCGGGGGUGUCCUGCGAUUCACCUACGAGGGGGACAUGGACGGCACGUCCAACGUUGAGCUCAUGAUCGGCGGCCUGGUGGAAGGGAGGCAGUACCUGUUCCAGACGUCUUACUGGAGCCGCAUCGGUCAGAGCCCCCUCAGCGACGUCACGGCCGUUGUUUGCUGCGAGUUCCGCAAGCCGGGAUCUCCGCCCCUGAACAUCCGGCGCUCAGGUGACCAGAGUAACGAGAAGAUCUCCUUGGCCUGGGAUCCUGUUACAGACAUUGGCACUUCGUCCCUGAUCUACUACAGGCUCUUCAUGGAUGACGGGUAUACGGAGAUCUCAAAGAACACAGCGUCGGGAACCACCACCGAAGAGUUCUUCGAGUUCCUGACCCCCGGAAACCCCUACCGCUUCGCCGUCGCGGCGGUGAACGCUGCCGGGGAGGGCCCCCGAAGCGAGCGCAUCACCUUGACGGCCUCGGACGUUGCGGGGCAGCCCUACGACCUGGAGGCGACGUUCCAGUCCAGCUACCGCAUUGACCUGCAGUGGAAGAAGCCCUUGCUCACGGGUGCCUCGGGGAUGAGUGGCUACAAGCUUUGGGUCGACGAUGGGAAUGGCGGGGCGAUCAACAACUUGAUCUGGGACGGAGGCACCAAGGCUGCCAUCCUCUCCUACUCCUGGGCCCCCGUAUUCUCCGACGGCACCGUGGCGCUGCUGGCCGGGCACACGUACCGCUUCCAGGCGCAGUCCGUGAACCCCACCGGGGACGGUGCCCGGUCCAACGUCUUCUCGAUCGUCGCGGCCUCCAAGCCGGACGCGCCGGGCCGACCCGCCGUGGACAGGGCGACCACCUCUUCGAUUGCGGUCCACAUUUCCUGGGCAGCGCCUUUCAAUGGAGGCUCGCCCAUCCUCGGCUACAUCGUGGAGCGGAAGAGCUCACCGACCGCGCAAUGGACCUCCCUGACCGUGGCAUCGGACAGCUACACCUCCACGACGUACGUGGAUACCUUCCAGCUGGUGGCCAGGUCCUUCUAUAUCUACCGCAUCUCAGCAUUCAACUUGGUCUCCGUGGGGGAGACCUUCUACUCGCCGGAGAGUUCGAUUCCGGCCGCCGCGGUGCCCACGGCCCCAACCGUGUCCUUCGUGACCUCCACCGAGACGACCAUCACGGUGUCCUGGGACAUCCCCACCUCCGACCUCACGGUGACCGGGUUCAGGCUCUACGUGGACAACGUGCUCAAGUACGACGGCGCGGGCGUGAGCACCGUUCGCACGUUCACGUUGGCUGGCUGCACCACAGGCAACAUGCACGACUUCCGUGCAACAGCCAUCAGCGAUGCUGGCGAGUCUGGCUAUUCUGCAUCGCUGCCGCGCUACUGUGCCAGGCGGCCUUAUCCUCCACCACAGCCGUCUCUGAAGUCGACCACCCUUUCAACCGUUGAAGUGCAGUGGGUGCCUCCCACAAACAAUGGUGGUAUGCCGAUCUCCGGCUACAAGGUCCAGCGCUCCAACAGUGACGUGUACUUCUUCGGGUCGGUGCAGUGCCGGCAACCCGAUGGCAGCUUCCUGACGACCCUGCCAGAGAACAUCGACUCUUGUCUCGAUGACACGGCCGCCCUCUGCCCUCAGCGACGCUGCAAAUAUCGAGUGCUGGCAAUUAACGGUGUGGAGGACGAUAACUUUGCUGACGUGUCGCCCUAUUUGGUGGCGACGGCUGCUGACCUGCCCAAUGCACCAAGCAUGGUGACGAGAGACGACCCUCCGAUAAGCAAGACGGCCAUCGAGGUACACUGGUCGCCCGUAACUGCUGAAGCGGAUACAGGUGGUGCCCUUGUUAUCGGAUACAGGGUCUAUGCCAACACGGGUAUCGAUGAUGCCCUCUCCCUGGUUUUUGAUGGCUCUGGCAGUCCAUCUAUUCGUUCCUUCAAACACACGGGGCUAAUUCCGGGAAGGCGCUACUGGUAUCAGGUCAGCUCAGUGAGCAGUGUGGGCGAGGGAGUGCGAACGAACGUCUCUACCUUCCUGGCCGCGGAGCCGCCCGCGGCGCCCCUGCAGCCUCGGUUCAUCACAGCUGACUUCGGGUCCAUCACCAUCGCCCUGGACCCCCCACCCUCGGACGGAGGCUCUCCCAUCAUCCGCUACGUGAUCUACCACAACGAUGGUACAGUCAACGGCCUUCUUAGCACUCAGCUGUCGGUCUGCGACAUGUCCCGGACGCAGUUCGACGUGCCGGACCUCUUGUUAGGGCGGGACUACCAGAUCCAGGUCCAGGCUCAUGCCGACUGCCCCUACGGCACGGGAACCUCGCUGCACGCCUACGAUGCCGAUGGCAUCUGCGUGGACACCGCCGCCUGCACGCUGCCGGGGGCCCGGAGUGGCAUCGCCCUCUUCACCACCACCGAUGUGCCCGACACCGUGACGCUGGAGAAGGUGAGCCAGUUGAGGACCAGCGUCACCUUCCGCUUCGAUCCCCCUGGGGCGGAUGGUGGGAGCCCUGUCACCAGCUUUGAGCCCUAUCGCGACGACGGCCUUGGGGGGGACUUUGUUCGCGUGGACGUGUUGCCGACGAACUACUUCGAGAUUGACACGGACCUAUCUGAGUCGGGGAACGAGUACAGGUACACGGGCUUGGUGACGGGGCGCCGCUACAACUUCUUCGUCGCGGCCUGCAACAAGCGCGGGUGCCGGAGCGGCGCCAUCUUCGGGCCUCUGACGGCGGCGGCGCCGCCGGACCAGCCCGACUCUCCCCUGGCCACUGCGACUUCGGCUGUGCCACCGGUGAUCAACCUCACCUGGACGCCCCCAGACAACGGUGGCAUGCCCAUCCUCAAGACGGAGAUCCAGCGUGACGACGGCCAGGACGGUGUCUUCUCCUUGCUCGCGGAGGUAGAUGCGCCCGACUUCACCUACUCCGACACGACGGUCACAGCCGGCCUGACCUACCGCUAUCGGAUCCGCAUCCACCACGAGCAGUCGGCCAGCGACUUCAGCAACCUUGCGACCUUCGUGGCCGCAGGCUUGCCUGACCAACCCGCUGCCGUCUUGCUGGUGUCGCAGUCGAAGACUGAGAUCACCGUGUCAUGGACCACACCGACAGCUAACGGGGCAGACAUCUACCAGUUCAUCCUGCGACGGGACGAUGGGCUCGGCUCCACUCUGACGCCAAUCUAUCGCGGCGCGGCAACGACCUUCACAAGCAGCGACCUGGCCACGGGACGCUACUACUCCUUCUCCGUGGCGGCGCGCAACGCUGCAGGAGAGGGCCCGGCCAGCGAGCCACAGCGGUUCCUGUCCGCCUCCAUGCCGAGCCCCGUGGGCCAGCCCGUUCUGCAGACCUCCUCGUGCUCGGGCGGCUCCAUCACCUUCAAGUGGUCCGUCCCGGAGGAUGAUGGCGGCUGUCCCGUGAUCCGGUACCGCAUCCUCCGUGACGGAGUGGCCACCGGAACCGAGGUCUUGGCCACAACCAUCACCUACUUCACGUCAGGCCUGGAAUGCGCCACCACCUACCUCUGGAGUGUGGAAGCUAAGAACUGCCUGGACAUGUGGGGCAGCUCGUCGGCGUACCUCGAGAGCUACACUGCCUCGCUGCCGGGCCGGGUCUCCGGGCUGAACGCCACGCACGUGUCCUCGACAGAGCUUCUCUACAACUGGAUCCCCCUCCUUGGCUCCACGGAGAUUGGCUCCACGGAUUUCUCGAUCCUGAAGGGCUACGAGCUGUGGAUGGAUGACGGGCUCGGAGGCAAGUUCUCCCGCACCUAUGAUGGCUACAACAAGCCCUUUGAGACCUACUUCGUGGCCACCGGGCUGGUGCCUGGUCGCACCUACCGAUCCUACGUGCGCGCCGUCAAUGUCGUUGGAUCCGGUCCUGACUCCGACGUGCUGUACCGCGCCAUGGCCGUCGAGCCUUCGGCGCCGAGCAAUCUGCAGGUUGCCUCGGCCGGUGCCGAGGAGGUCAUCUGCAGUUGGAAGCCGCCACAGGACAACGGCGGGGAGCCAGUGCUCCACUAUGUCCUGGAGUAUGCGCCGGAGCCGCUCUUCAACACCUGGCAGGAAGAUGGGCCGUACCCUGACAACACGCAGUUCACGAAGACGGUCUUCAAUCUAGCACAAGGUCUGGUGUACCAGUUCCGGAUACGAGCGGUGACCAAUGCUGGAGGCGGCUCCUACUCCAACGUGGUUUCGCAGGUCAUCGGCACCGCCCCAACGGCUGCACCGACUGGCCUGACGCGUGCCUCCACCACCUCGGUUUCCAUGACCUGGGCCUGGUCCCCGCUGCCGGUGGCGCAGACCGGGGGAGCUGCCUUGGGCGGCUACCGCCUCUACAUGAACACGGGCCGGGAUGAUGUGACUUCCCUGGUCUACGACGGCAGCGACAAGCCUUCCGCCACCGAGUUCACGGCAACAUCGCUGGUGUGCGGUAGGGUCUACAAGGCGGAGGUUUCCGCCGUGACCAGCAUCGGGGAAGGCCCUCGAAGUUCUUUGACUGCCUUCAAGCUGGCGCACACCCCGUCGCAGCCUCGGUCGGCCCGGGUGUUGGCCAGCAGCACGGGAUCCAUUACGCUGGCCUGGGACAUUCCCGAGAGCACGGGCUGCACGGAGCUCGAGUACUAUCGGAUUGAGCGGGACCAGGGGCAGGGCUUCGAGGCCCUCGCCAACGUGUCCACACCGAUACAGACCUACACCGACAUGGGAGACUUGAGUCCUGGCCAAAUGUACAUCUACCGCAUUGCCGCCCGCAAUGAUGCCCUGGAGUACUAUGGGCCGCACAGCUCACACGUCACCGCCUUUGCAGCGUCGCUGCCUGGUAUCACUCGGAACCUGGGAUACGUCACCUCCACGAGGACAUCCAUCACACUCAUGUGGGACCCUCCCUCGGACACAGGAGGAGCGAUGGUCGACUUCUACCGGUUGCAGGCAGACGAUGGCUUGGGAGGUGCUUUCGGAGAUGUGGCGGUGGUUGCCGGAACCUACACCACCAUCGAGUACCUCACGCCGGGGCGACCCUACCGCUUCCGCGUUGCCGCCGAGACGGUCGUCGGCACCGGCCCAUACACAGCGGUCUUCCAGCAGGUGGUCGCGGCAGUGCCGGCGAAUCCUCAAACGCCCUUAGUGGGAUGCCCGGCCUACGGGGGAUCUGCUUUCAACCAGCGCCCGCUCCAUGAAAUCAGUGGGCAGAGCUGGGACCGAGUGCGCGUGACCUGGGCCGAGCCUGCAGACAACGGCGGUUCCCUCACGCAGGGGCUGGGCUACAAAGUCACCUUCGAUGGCCAGUGUGACCGCUAUGACGGCACCAGCGUGGCCUCCAUCACAUCAGUUCAGAUCAUCUGCGUGACUGGCCAGCACCAUCUGAUUACCGUGGCUGCCCGGAACGUCGUCGGCUGGGGGGGGCCCAGCCCCUCCGUCUCCCGGGUCUGCGGCGCCGAGCCCGAGGCGCCCGCGGACCUACGGCUCAAGAUGAACGUGCCUGCGCAGCCGCUGGACAUGGUGGACCUCCGCACGCCCUCGUCCAUGACCCUGGCCUGGGACGUGCCCACCAUUGAUGGAGGUAACCCUGUGAAAUCCUACCAGCUCUACCGUGAUGCCGGCGACUCCUCCGGCAUCUACACCUUGGCAUAUGCAGGUUCACAGGCGAGUGUCACCAUCCACUCCCUGACCAACGGGAAGACGUACCGCUUCUAUGCCGUGGCUGUGAACGAUGUGGGGCCUGGUGCACGGACCAGCAUCUUCACAGCAGAGAUGCGCUGCACGCCCCGCAGCCUCGUGGCCGCGCCGUAUAAGGUGGCCGGCAGCCCAUGGUCCAUCUCCAUCGCUUGGCCCGAGACUGCGGACAAUUGCGGCCGAGCUGUGUCCAGCUACCGUGUCUACCGGGACGGCAAUCUCAUCUUCCCACUCUCCAAUGAGUUCCUUGCAGCCCCUGCCGUCGUGGGCGCCAUCAGCUCGGAUGGUGUCAUCCUGCGCAUCACGGCGAAGGAGUCGGGAUCUGCUUGGGCUGCUCGGAAGUGCACGUAG